UAGUCAUAAAACAACCGCGAACAAAAUCCGCUGAAAAAGAAAAACGCCCACAGAGACACACAAACCGACACCGAGAUUAGGGAAAAGACAAAAGAAAAAAAAAAAAGAGGAAAAAGAUUUCUGUCAUUUCAUCUUAUCUCAUCGGGGUGCUUCUUCUCCCUUCGCCUCUUCUUUCUAGCUUCCAUGGAUAAUGAUUUCUGGACCUCUCGCAUCGCUGCUGCCAAGCGCCAAUUCAAUCUGCAGAAUCACCAUCACACAAGCUACCAUUCCAAUACCCGCCACAUCUCUCAAUUGGAUCGGUUGAACAUAGAUGAGGUGGAGGUUGAAGAAGAGGUCCGACCCGAUUUUCCAUGCCCUUAUUGUUACGAAGACUUUGACAUCAACUCCCUCUGCUCUCAUCUUGAGGAUGAGCAUUCUUGCGAGUCCAAACCUACCAUUUGCCCCAUUUGUUCUGUUAAAGUUUCCAGGGACAUGUUAAGUCAUAUAACACUGCAACAUGGACACUUAUUCAAGCUGCAGCGUAGGCGAAGGUUACGUAAGGUCGCAAUUCCGAACAGUCAGGCGGCACUCUCUUUACUAGGGAAGGAUCUUCGGGAAGCCCAUCUGCAGGUGCUUCUGGGAGGAGGAAGCAGUGGGUUUCGGUCAACCACUGCCACAACUUCAUCUUCAUCUGUGGAUCCCUUCCUCUCUUCUCUAGUGCUUAACUUCCCCGUCUCUGAAGCUGAUGAGAUCUCUUCCAAGCCUGAGGACACUUGUAUGAAGAGCGAGGCAUCUCGACACACAUGGAAGUUAUGUUUUGAUCCGUCUCUCAGUUAUGAAGAACGGAAAGAAAAGAUAAAGCAGGCGAACGGGAGAGCUUUUUUCCUGCAGGAUUUGUUUGCUUCCGCUUUGUUAGCUGAGUAAGUUCAAAUUUUGCAAAUGUUUAUAGUUGUGUCAACUCAUUGUUAUAUGUAGAUUUGGAUGGGAGAAGGGGACUAUGGCUGGGUUGAAAUAACAGUACAUAUAGAGCCUCAUCUCAAUGUGUUUGUCAAAACAUUUAUGUACAAACUCAUGUAACUGUAAUUUUAUUGCCUUUUCUCUCCAAGUUUGGAAUAUACACGCUGUUGAUUUCACUGUUGUGAUCCUAUUAUAUGGGGUUUUGCAACUUUAGUUUUGUGACUAUUUUGUUAGUGACACUUGAUAGUCACUAUUAAUUUUUUAACUGUAAGUUCAACUUUGAAUUGUCAACUAUUUAUUUUAGUUA